AUGAAUAAAAAGUUUGCUGGAAUAAAAAAUACGCCUUUUCUACCUCUUCUGCACAAAUCGGAUGCAUUCACGGCAAAGACAGAUCGAUGGAUGGGUGAGCGUUGUGGAAAAGCUUUGUCUCAUGCAAGAUUUGUACGGAAGCGUCAGUCUUUGCUUUGUAUUGGACUCGUUUUAUUUGUUUGUUUUAAUUGUCGUGGAUAA